AAAAUAACGAAAUCUAUACUUCGUUUGACAUGGCUCUUGCUAUUAAAAAAGAUAUUUGGGUUAAAAAUACUUUCAUGUUUCCAAUACUAAAAACUGCAUCGAUCAUUCAGCCCGGAGUCUCCGCGUUCUUUUUUCCUAUACUAAAUAAGCUGUCCUUGCCAGUAUCUUUAAAUUCACGUUUUCCAAAACUUUCCAUCCAUUUAUCACUCACACUCGGAACUCCCUUUCGAAUAUCGAAAUCUUCUUUAAUACCGUUACCUUUCCAUACACAGAUCAAAAAAAUUAAAAUAAUGAAUACACGAAGAACUCGUAAAGAGCCACGAAAUAAUGCAUCCCGCAGGACGGGCCCUUGGGAACCACAGGAAGAUGAAAAGUUAUUAGAAAUAGUAGCAGAAUUGGGUGUGAAGCACUGGAAAUUAAUUGGAAUAAGACAUGGUCUUCGUGACGGAAAGCAAUGUCGCGAACGAUGGCAUAACCACUUAAACCCUGACUUAACAUAUGGCCCCUUGACUCCCGAAGAAGAUGAAAAAAUACUAUUAUAUUUUUCUGAAAUGGGUACAAAAUGGGCAGUGAUGAGUCAAUUAUUAGGAAGACCUGCCAAUUUAAUCAAAAAUCGGUAUUAUUCCUCAUUAUCAAAAAAACGUGGUCACCAUGCUACGAUUAUUGAAGAUUCAGAUGAUGCUACAAGUAGUACAAGUGUUUCAUCCGAUUCUCCAAGACCAAAAAAACGUCGCAUCACUAAGGAUGUCUCUACCUCACCUUCUUUAAGUGAUUAUGAAUCAUCACAUAUUUCUCGGAAAAAAACAUUUAAACAAAUAUCACUAGAAAACUCGCUCACCGAACGGUGGAUUCCUGAAGGCCAUUAUUAUCAAAUAAAUUCUUGGCAUUCGCUGCAAUCUCCAAUCUCGAGCCCUGAGGCCAUAGAAAUUCACUUAAACUGUCCUACUUAUAACUAUAGUCCUCCUCCAACACCGACCUAUACACCAAUACCGUCCCCUGUUCCAAUGUAUCAUAAUCAUAAGAAUAAUUGUACAGCAGCUUUAGAGCAACUCGCAGAUUUGGCUAUUCAGAAUGCUACAAGGUAA